ACAAACAUGGCCACACAGUGGAGCGGACAGGGCGGCUUAUUAACUUUGCUUGUGGUCCUUUGGAGCACUGUUUGCGGUCACACGGAGACGACGGUCAUAUCCUGGAGCCAGAUACUGGGCAUGAGACUGGAGAGGAGUAACAAGCCGGCCACAAUCAUUGAGGACGGUGUCAUUCAGGUGACAGAAGAGAGCAGCGUCCAGCUAAGGUUUUACGGGCUGCAGCUCAGUUCGGACUCCGCGUCCCAGAUCCGGUUCGUGGAGCUCGUUGAAGAGGAGGAUGACAGAGACUCGGUAAACAGGACUUGUGUCGAUUUUACCAAAGAUAUCAGCGUUGGGAGUUACAUGAACGUCAGCAGUCGAGGGACAUCAGGUGUGGUGAAUGUAACCGUUAAGCCGCUUCGCAAAACUGAGCGCGAGCGGGAGUACAUCGCGUGCAUCAGGAGUCCGGAAGGCAAGUGGCACCUGCUGUCAGAGAACGACGGUAGGUUACAGGUUGUAGAGGAGAGGACCUCUCUGCUCCCUUUGUGGCUUCAGAUCUCCUUGGUGUCUUGCCUGCUUGUCCUGUCCGGCAUGUUCAGUGGACUCAAUCUGGGGCUCAUGGCGUUAGAUCCGAUGGAGCUACAAAUAGUGCAAAGUUGUGGUACCGAUAAAGAAAAAAGGUAUGCACGCAAAAUCAGUCCUAUUCGUAGCAAGGGGAAUUACCUGCUCUGCUCAUUAUUGCUUGGUAAUGUCCUUGUAAAUACCACUCUUACUAUCUUGUUGGAUGGUCUUAUCGGAUCCGGCAUUGGCGCAGUAGCGGUAUCCACUGUGGGCAUUGUGAUCUUUGGUGAGAUCGUGCCACAGGCGCUGUGUUCUCGCCAUGGUUUGGCAGUCGGUGCCAACACCAUCCUGUUGACGAAGUUCUUCAUGCUUCUUACCAUCCCAUUGUCGUUUCCCAUCAGCAAGCUCCUUGACUGCAUUUUGGGACAAGAAAUUGGCAGAGUGUACAACAGGGAGAAGCUGCUGGGAAUGCUGAAGGUGACGGAAGCAUACAUCGACUUGGAAAAGGAAGAGCUCAAUAUGAUUCAUGGUGCAUUGGAGUUGAGGACCAAAACAGUUGAGGAUAUCAUGACACCACUGAACAACUGCUUCAUGAUCAAAUCUGAUUCUGUGCUUGACUUUAACACCAUGACCGAGAUCAUGGAGAGCGGCUACACACGCAUCCCAGUCUACGAAGAUGAACUCUCCAACAUAGUAGACAUUUUGUAUGUAAAAGAUUUGGCCUUUGUUGAUCCGGAUGACUGCACAACACUCAAAACCGUUACUAAGUUUUACAACCACCCUGUCCAUGUUGUCUUCCACGACACCAAACUGGAUGCCAUGUUAGAGGAGUUCAAAAAGGGCAAAUCUCAUCUGGCCAUAGUCCAGAGGGUAAAUAAUGAGGGAGAGGGGGACCCUUUCUAUGAGGUGCUGGGUCUAGUGACACUGGAAGAUGUUAUUGAAGAGAUCAUCAAGUCAGAGAUCCUGGAUGAGUCUGACCUAUACAUUGAUAAUAAAACCAGAAAGAAGGUGGACCCAAAUAAAAAUAAGAGGGACUUUUCAGCCUUCAAAGAUGAAAGUGAAUCCAAAGUGAAGAUUUCUCCCCAGCUGCUCUUAGCUGCUCAUCGGUUCCUGGCGACGGAGGUAAGCCUUUUCAGUGCACAGCAGAUCUCGGACAAGAUUUUGCUGCGAAUUUUGAAGCAUCCAGAUGUCAUCCAGGAUCUACGGUUCAAUGAAAAUGACAAGCGCUCACAGCAGCACUACCUGUAUCAGCGUGGCAAGCCUGUUGACUAUUUCAUUCUCAUCUUACAGGGCUGGGUGGAAGUGGAGGCAGGCAAUGAAAACAUGAAGUUUGAGACUGGUCCCUUUUCUUAUUAUGGAGUCAUGGCAUUAACCACAUCAGCCUUGGAGUUUCGUUCUCCUUCACACCUUAGUGGUCUGAAUCACUCAGCUUCCUUGAGCUGCACAGAGAGAGUGGACUCACUGUCGACCAGUGGUAGCAACUUGCAGCUCAACAGCACCUCCACAUCCCAGUACAUCCCAGACUUCAAUAUGCGUGCCCUCUGCGACUUGCAGUUUGUUAAGGUCACCCGAUGUCAGUAUCAAAAGGGCCUUUUGACAUCCAAAUUGGAAAGCAUACCACAGACCCCUGAACAAAAUUAGACCACGGCUCUGUGAAUUCACAAUUUAGUUUCUGGAAGUGUAGUUUGGACAUUCAAAACCUGCUGAAGACCUAGGAAUUUAAAGAUAAAUGGAAGGUAAAGUACCUUCCACAUAAAUAAAAACUCAGCAUAUCUUCAGAUGUCUAUUUCUUCAUCGUGAGUAAGAGCAUUAUCCUGUCUGCAUGCUGUGUCUGCAAACGUUAAGCUGAGUGAUUGAGCCGAGUGAAUGAGCUGAGUGAGUGCCAGUGGACAUUUUCUUUAAAGGAGGACCUAAUGUUAGCAUGCCAAAACAAAGAUUUUUAUUUAUCAAAAAAAGGGAGACUGACAUAUUGAUAUUUGGUUAAAUGUGUAAUAUCUUUCCAUUUUUUCUAGCCCUGUUAAGUUUAAAAUCCAUGUUAAAAGUGGCCUGUUCUUAAAUCUUACUUACAGUACAUCAUCCUGAUGGAAAUUGUUUACCUGCAUGUUGACUGUUCGUGAUAAUGUUAAUUGAUGGCAAUCAAUUUUAUCCAGCACUGCCUGAAAUGCCCUGUCUAAUUGCUAGAGGGCACAUGAUUUUGGAGAGUUUGUUUGUGUGAAUUGGCAGGCAACAAAUUAUUGAAGAAAAUGGGGAAGAGGUGUGAAAUUACAUCACAAAUAAGUGAUAGAUAAAUGGAUAGAUAGAUAGAUUUUUAAGUACUUCUUGUGCUUGCAUUUUA